UUACAUGAUAAUUUAUGUAUUUUAAGGGACUAUUUGAACUACAUAGAAGAGCAAAAUGAAAACUUCAAAGAUAUAUUAGAAAAUCUUCAUCGCGAACUCGAAGAUGAUGAGGAAAAUUUUGUGGAGUGCAAAAAAAUGAUGCUGACAAAAGUUAUGAAUUUGGAGAAUAAUUUGAAAAAUUGCGUGGAAAUACACGAAUGGUCUGUUAUUAAAACGAAGCUUGAUGAGUUUGAAGUUCAAAUAAGUAAAAUAUCUUCCAGUGUGGAAAAAGUAAAUAAAUUAUUUAGCAGCACGGAUGGAAAUUUAAUUAACGCGGGAUUGUAUGAGAGGAUAAAGAAGCUGGAAAAUAAUAUUGAAUCGCAGGAUAAACAAAUGCGGAUGAGGAAUAUUAUAAUUAAAGGGUUGAAAAAAGGAAACAGUGGAACGCGCGAAGAGGUCGCGGAGAUGCUGAAAAAAGAAUUAUUUGUAGAGCCAGAGAUUGAAGAAUGCCGAGUGAUAAGGGAGGGAAGUAACUCAACGGAUAGGAUAAUUAUGGUUAAAUUAAAAAAUUAUGAGGAUAAGAGAAUUAUAAUGACGAGGAGAGUGUUACUGAAGGGGAAAAAUUUUAUAAUUCAUGAUGAUCUGACGCGGAAUGAGAGGCAGGCUCAGUUUUUUAUCCGGGAAAGAGCCAGGGAGGAAAGAAUUAAAGGGGCUUUUGUCAAAGUUUUCAGAGGAAAGCUCUUUGUCAAUGGUGAGUGCUGGGUCUACGCCCAAAAUUAUGUUAAUGCUGAUAAUUAUAGAUUUAUUAGGCCCGUUAAAGAGACUGCUGUUUAAAUUUG